AUGGAAUUCUUUGCUUUUGAUACUGAUGCUCAUGGUGAUGAUUUUAUUGAUGAAAAUGCUGAAGUUUCCCCUUGUGUUGAACAAGUAGAUAUAAGCUUGAAAGAGAAAGAGUUAGCCGAGGAUUUGCUUCAACCAGAGGGAGAAGAAAAAGUACUCUGUGCAUCUGAUAUAUACUGCAGGAUGGAGGAUAUCAUUACGGAAGAGCAAUGGAGCACUUUUGAUGAGCAAGUUUUACUAGAUUGCUACGAAGACUAUGCGGAUUUUGCAGAUUUUACUGAUGUGGCCUCCGUAGAAAUUGAAUCAAAUCACACGCAGCUGUGUACAUGGACCGAUCUAUUCGUAGACGAUGGAGUAGAACACUGUUGGUCCCCGUCACAAAUCCAUUCCAUUGAAGAGGAGUUAGGGAAAAUCAUAAGAAGUCCCCAUCAAUGUGAAGAGUCAAUGAUCCGGCCCGAAAAUGGCGUGUAUAGGGUGCGUAGUUGUUCUGGUGAUCAAAAUGCUGUAAAUUAUGAUUACAGUUCAGGCAACACGAAUGUUAGCUUUGGCUGUGAUGGCUUCAUGCCGUCUAGUACUAUGGAUUCAGAAGAAUACAAGGGACUACGACUUGUGCAUCUCCUAACGGCUUGUGCUGAGGCAAUAUCUAAUGGUACGCAUGAUCUUGCUGAGAUUAUUUUUUGCAAACUAACAGAACUAGUUUCUCCAACAGGAAGUUCUAUGGAGAGGGCGGCUUACUAUCUCUCCCAGUCCCUACGCCAAGCCCAUCUCUGUCAAGUUGAUGGUACUGCUGAUGAUAUGUUUGCACAUUUCACGGCCAACCAAAGCAUUUUGGAAGCUGUCACUCUUAAUGGUUCACACUUGGAAGAGGAGCGGAUUCUACACAUAAUUGAUUUUGACAUAAUAGAGGGCCUGCAGUGGCCGCCAUUGAUGGAAGCUCUGAAAAAUGGUGCCAGUAAGAUAAGUGCCCUGAGACUUACAGCUGUUAAAUGGGAUGCUGAUGAUGGCUGUGAGAAAUUUUCAUGCAAAGACACUGGAAGAAGAUUGUCCGACUAUGCGAGCUCUCUGGGAAUUCCGUUUUCUUUCGAAGAAACGGAGCUGGACAAUUUGAAAUGGAAUCUCAGACAAAACGACGAUGAUGUAAUUGCAGUCAACUCUAUGUGGGAAUUGCCGCAUAUGCGCAGGCGCAGUAAACAAGAUCUAGUAGAGUUUUUCCAUGGCGUGAGGCAUUUGAAGCCAGCUAUUAUAACUGUGGGUAGUGGACCUGCCGGCAUGGACAACCAUGAAAAGCAUAACUUCUGCGAGCGUUUCAGUGAAUGUUUGAGGAAUUUGUGUGUAGUUUUUGACUCUAGUCAAGUGGGAUUGCCGGACGAACAUGGCCUUGCUCGCGCAAACGUGGAAAGUCUCUUCUUGGGGCCAAUGGUUUGCAGAUCAAUGAAUUAUACGCCUGAUAAUCAAGACUACGAUUUGGUUCCUGUCAUGGACGUUGCUCUGAAGGCUGGCUUCGCCAAACGCGACAUCAGCCACACAAAUAUAUCGUACGCAAAAUAUAUUUUAGCAAGCAGUGCUGUAGGUAGUUGGUAUAUGGUAGAAUUGAUGGACAAACAUAAACUAGUGCUUAAACGGAAUUCUAGUUCUUUGGCAUGCGUUUCUUCAUUUAGGGCUCUUUGA